AUGAGUAACAUCGAAAAUGCGAAAAAAAUCUCAGUACAAUCAAUGUCGUCAGAUAAAUUUAAAAUGGCACGAGACGCAGGGAAAACUGAAAGACCACCAAACGAUAAUUUCUUGCUUGUACGGAUGACUUGCUUUUUACUGGGUUUCAUGAAUCUCGCACCUCUUUUGUUUGCUAGUACUGCUUCUGGGUAUUGGAUGUAUAAAUUUCGGGAUCCAAGCAUAGAUUCGGAAACAACCAAAGGAACAGAUAGAACCACAUUGCAAUCGUAUUAUCAACCAGUGUCGAUGGUAGCUCAGCAAAUACCAGCUGUAACAAUGUCAGCUCUGAUGACAGCGUAUGGUCAUAAAGUACCUCAUAUGAAAAGGACCUUAGUGACAUUGUUGCUAUUCGUUGGAGUGUACCUCUUGUUUACUGUUUUUACGCAAAUUGAUACGGAUUCAUGGCAAACAGGAUUUUUUGUUGUUGCCAUUUUCCUUAGUAUGCUGAACAGUGCAUUAACAGCCACAAUACAAAUGUCAACAGCAGUUUUAAUAUCGAAACUGCCUCAAUCGUACCUGAUGUUUUUCCUGAUAGGGCAAAACGGAGCAUUUAUAAGCACAAUUCUUCAAAUCAUAUCUUUAGCACUAACGGAUAAUCAACCAACCGCAGGACUCUUUUAUUUCUCGUCAGGAGCAAUUUUAAUAUCAAUUACUUUCAUAUUAGUAACGAUGUGCAGAAAAACGAAAGUGUUUGAAUUCUAUGAAAUCGAAGUUGUAAACGAAAACAAUUCCGAGAACAUUAGCUGGGAUGAAGCUAAGGAGCUGAUGAAAAUAAUUUGGCCUAGCCAAGCGGUUAUCGGUUUGGCACUUUUCACCAUUUCUACGAUACAUCCUGCAAUUAGUACCUUGGUAGUUUCUGAAAACGAAAUGGCAGCAACGCCAUGGAGCACAAAAUUCUUUUCUCCAGUAGCUGCUUUCUUGGUCAUAGAACUGAGUGCUAUCAUUGGAAGGCUUUUAUCGAAAAAAUUCUUUAUAACUGAAUCGAACAAAUAUUGGUACGUUGGCUUUUCUGCCCUGCGAUUAAUUAUUAGCAUACCAAUUUGUAUGUUAUUCGAUGCAAAACCAAGAAAUCUUCCAGUGCUCUUCCACAGAGAUUGGCAAUUUAUUGUUUUUAUGUUUAUUUUUGGAUUUACGAACGGUUGGUUAGUGAAUGUAUCGGCUAUGAGUUUAAAAACUUUGGUACCAGGAAAACCAGAGGCGGCUUUUAAGUUACUGGCUUUAACAAUUUCGAUAUUUAGUGCUGUCACAGUAGCCAAUGGUUUAUUGGCUGUCAAAGCACUAUUAAUUUAA